AUGGUCACGAUUGCCGGGGUUAAAAUGAGCCGAUCUCGCGCGCACCGCGCAUCGGCAUGCCUCUGUGAAAUGUAUAAUUGGUCGAUCGUGUCGGGCAGACCGCGCGCUCUUUAUGCCCCAUGCAUCGAAGCCGCCCAGCACAACCCGGCGCAAUUCGGCAUUUCUUCCGAGGAACUUCGCCCGCUGCUCGUCACCCUGGCCAGUAUCGAUGCUCAGUUGAUGCACGGGGAUGCCCUCAGGAAUUGCUACGAGCAAAGUUUCGGCGAGCUGGACGAUGACCAGAAAUUCCGGGACCUGAUGAAGGCGACGAUUCUGGAGAUGUAUACCCAGUGGGAGGGGACGGCUGCUUCCGACCAGCCUGACAAGCGCCAACUGACCGCGCUGACCUGCUUGGCCGUGUUCUACCACAUCCACUUCGGCGGCAAAGACAAGAAGGUCGUCAAGACGCUGUGGAAUAGUCAUAAAAAGAUUGUCACGUAUCAUCUGGUGGGCGACAUCGUCUGGCUGCCCUGCUCCUUCAUGUUGCGCGAGAUUGCCGAACUUGGCGGGCUUGUAGACAAGAAGAGCGUGCAAUUUGUGCUCGGCACAAAACAGCAAUUGUUCGACGACCAGAGCCCGGCGAUGAUCAACGAGGCGCAUGCGUUUGCUGGAGAAGCCGAGCAGUGGCUGGCCACAUUUAGGCUCCAACUCGGCGUCCACGGGAAGAACGUGGAAAGGACGGCAACGGACUGUCUGAAGCAAGCUGAUCAGGUUUUAAGGGGUGCCCGCCUGUGCGACUCUAUGGUGCGCCUCCUGAAGACCGUCGUCCACAGCGACUCCCGCGAGCGAAGACUCGCCAAAAGCGACGCCAUCAAGAUCUUUGAGGUCGUCUACAGCAUCAAGUCCCUAGCCCGCUUCUUCGCCGUCCACUGGUCGGCCAUCAAGGAGAUUUGCCAGAUGGCAGCUCAUCAAUACAGGCUGAACGCGCUGCUGCUGAUCGACAAAGCGAGGGCGAACUGUCGAGAAACCGGGAAAAUGGAGAGAUUGGCCGCGUGGAAUGUUGCUGCUGAGGCGCUGCUGAGUACAGAUAGUCGCACUCGGCUCCUCAUCGCCGGCGUGUCGUUUGAGAUGGGGGUGUACAAAAAAACAUUGCGCAGCGUCGAAGCCACCCAACUGGAGCAGCUGAUGAACCGGAUGGACACGCUGGGCAGGCCGAGGAAGCUGCUGCACAGGGUAACGGACUGCUCGUUCCUCUUCUGGGAAUGGUCCCUUUUCGACAUUUAUUUCGAUGGGAUCACCGAACAAAUGCCGACAAGAAGAGAAAUUGAGGGGAUCUUUGCCGCCCUUUCGGAUUGUGCUGCCCUGGCUGGGAAGGCCGCCCAUCUACCGGAACGGCAACUACUCGCCCGAUUCCAAUCUCAUAUUUAUAAUGCUGUGCAGAAGGGCCUCCUCUACGCGAUGUGUGGUGAUAUCGAGAAUGACUUGCGCGUGCUCAUCCACAAGCAUCUGGCCGUCGGCGAGCAGGACAAGUUGCAGCCGCAGAAAUUUGUCUUUUAUCAGGAGCUACUCAAGAAGCCAAGGCUCAGACUCUACGACCGUGUGAUCGACGUAAAAGAAUUCGUCGAGCGAUACCUGGAGCGCACGUUCUACAACUUGACCGUGGUCGCGCUGCACGACCGACACACGUACACGAGGAUGGCCGGGUUGGCCGAGUCGCGCUACGGGUUGCAACUUGUUGACGGUCAUCUACCGUACUUUAACCUGGGCCAAGGGCUGGACGUCAUCGCCGUCGUGCGAAAUUUGGGCACUUUUGUGACGGGCUACAACUACAGCUUGAAUCAGCAGAUUUUCAUCGAAAAGGAGUCCACCUCGCGCUCCCUGCGCACGUUGACCGCGCAGCACGCGGCGAACUCGCUACGCUCACACGGUACCGGCGUGCUGAAUACGGCUGUCAACAUCACCUAUCAGCUGUUGAGGAAAAAGAUGGGCAUCGUCUCCCAAUUCUUGGCCGAAGAGCACAUCCGCGCGCAACUGCAGCGUGAGGUCCGGCACUUUGAGGAGAAUGCGGAGAGUCUACAGCGCAUGUAUCCCGUCAAACGGGCCGAGAAGUUCAACAGGUCGAUCGCGCAGCUGGGGAUGGAGGAGGAGGAGUCAUAUCUUGACAAAUUUCGGCAGGUCGUCACCCAGAUCGGCAACGCCCUCGGCCUCGUCAGGACCUUGAGCACUGCCGCGGCGCUAGUCGCCUCCCAGGCUAAGCAGAGCGACGUCGAGGAGCCGGAGGAAACCCGCGCCGAGGAUCCGACCACCGUGACUCCUGAUAUUCUGGGAGUGGUGAAGGAGCUGCUCACGCAAGUUCGAGACCAGACCGGGAAGAAUAGGAGCUACAAGACGAUGCUAAUCGACGUCUUCCGCACCGGAUUUGCGGACGAGACCAAGUACAGCCACCUGGAGAACUUCUUUGCGGUGAUUCCGUCCUUAUCGGUUAACUACGUGGAGCACAUGUUGACAAACCGGGAAAGACUGCGAAAACGUUCACAGCAGGGCAAAGAAAUUACAUUUACGGAUGAUGGCUUUGUGAUGGGAAUCGCCUAUCUAACCACCGUCUUCGGGCAGUGGCGCCAGGUGUCGGCACUCAAUUGGUUUACCUCAGUCUUGAAGCGAUGCAAAGAUGAGCGCGAGAAGAUGGCGUCUGGAGACGGAGAGUCAGAUUCCGGGGGAGUUCGGGCUCUUAGGGCACAACGGUUGACGAGUUAUGAGAAGGAAUUCAAACUGCUGGCCUACACCCUACAAUCUGCCCGAAUUUUCUACUUCUCCGACGCUGACGACCAGCAUUUGGUGACG